AUGAAAUACCUGGUGCUAUUACUGCUGGCCUGUGCCGGCUGUUUAGCCGACAAUCUCAACAACCGUUUAGAUUGUUAUUUAGAGCUUGAUAUGCAAGUGAGUGAACAGCAAUGUAAGGACAGGGGCUGUAUAUGGGAUUCGACGGGACGGCCCCCGGGAGUGCCCAUAUGUUAUUUGGACCCAAAACAAGUCGGCUAUAAAGUGCCCGCAGGUGUCAAGAAGACCGACACCGGACUGGAGGCCGAUCUUAAACUGAAAGAUACGGCCAAACGUACCCUCAAAUCCAUGCCAUCGAUAGAGAGCCUCAAGUUUUCGGUCAAAUAUAUGACCGAAAAUAUACUUCGGUUUACAAUAAGAGAUCCGGCGGUCAAGCGAUACGAAGUUCCCGUUCAACAGGUGUUUAAUCUGUUGGACAGGACUGAGAGAGACGAGCAAAAGCGCAGGUAUGCCGUCGACGUCGGCACUGAUCUCAACGACUUUCAGUUCACUAUAACUCGGAAAGACACCAAAACUAAAAUUUUUGACACAUCUAUCGGAGGUCUAGUAUUUGCCGAUCAAUUCCUACAAUUGGCCACUAAUUUGGCCACAAAUAAUAUCUACGGCUUCGGCGAGAAUGUGCACCAAAGCCUACGACACGACCUGAGUUACAAGACUUGGCCGAUGUUUACCCGAGAUAACCCUCUCGGAGAGCAUAUGAAAAAUCUCUACGGCGUUCACCCGAUCUAUACUGUACUGGAAUCGGAUGGCAAAGCGCACGGAAUACUGUUUCUCAAUAGUAACGCUAUGGAUUACACACUUCUACCAGAGCCGGCAUUGUCAUUGAAAAGCACCGGGGGUGUUUUGGACUUUUUCGUGUUUGUGGGCAAUAAUCCGGAGCACGUGAUACAGUUGUACACAUCAGUGAUCGGUCGGUCAACAAUGCCUCCCUUCUGGGGUCUGGGCUAUCAAUUGUGUCGAUACGGGUUUACUGGCACACAGAAUGUACGCGAAGUACUCGACAGGAAUAUUAAAGAAAAAAUACCCUUGGAUGUCAUGUAUAUCGACAUCGAUUAUAUGGAUAAGUAUGAGGAUUUUACGUACGAUAAAAAUAAGUUUGCCGGCCUCCCGGAGCUAUUCAAAACGAGUAUUGCCAACAACCAUGUCCACUGGACACUUAUAUUGGACCCGGCCAUUGAAGCUAAUAACCCCAACUACACAACAUUUAACGAGGGCUAUAAACAGGACGUGUUUAUCAAAUGGUCCAAAGAUGUGGCGGUGAAGGACCGACAAAACCCGUCCGGAGUGCCCACCGAUAAGGACACCAUUUACGGCAAAGUGUGGCCCUCAGGUCCCGCCGCCUUCCCCGACUUUUUCAAGAAUAAAACCACUGAUUGGUGGGCGAAUCAAGUUAAAGCCCUGCAUGGUGUUUUGCCCUUUGAAGCUCUUUGGAUUGAUAUGAAUGAUCCCUCUAAUUUUGAAUCAAAAUGUCCAAAUAAUAAGUAUGAUUACCCGCUGAUUAGAUCAUCGGCCAUUUGGGGCCGACAACUGUCCGAAAAAACCAUAUGCAUGGCCAGCACUCAGGGAGAUCAGGAACAGUAUCGUCAUUAUGAUGUGCACUCAUUAUAUGGUUUAACUGAGACUAUUAGUACACAAAAGGCGUUACACGCAACCACUGGUAAACGCGGUUUCGUAGUGUCCCGGAGCACAUACCCCACAUCGGGCCGAUACGGCGCCCAUUGGUUGGGAGAUAAUAGAGCCGAAUGGAAAAUGAUGCACCACUCGGUGGUCGGUAUGCUUGAGUUUAACAUGUUUGGCGUUAGUUUUGUCGGCUCUGACAUCUGCGGCUUUAUAGGGGAGACAAAUCCCCAAUUGUGCCGCCGGUGGUCACAAUUGGGCGCUUUCUACCCGUUUUCACGCAAUCAUAACGAUAGAGGUUAUAAAGAUCAGGACCCGGCCGUAUGGGUGAGCAGAGGACACCCGGAGGUGACUGAAGCGGCCCGCACUUCGCUGCAACUCCGGUACCAACUGUUGCACUACUUGUAUACACUAUUCUACCGGAGCUAUAACCAAAAACACGUGGACGCAUACCUACCCCCUGGCGAGCGUUGGCACGAAGUCCGGCCUCAAUUAAAACUCGCGCCACAAGUCGGACACAUCACUAUUCAAGACACUCAACCCAACGGUCCGCCACCCGUCCACUUCCGGGGCGGAGCCAUAAUACCUAUGGCUACAGACACUCAACUGACCAGUACUACCGGUCCGGCUAUGAAUGAAAUAGACCUCGUUGUGGUGCCUAAUGCCAAAUGGGAGGCCAGGGGUGAACUGUUUUGGGACGACAGAGAGGGCAUUGAUACCAUAGAUGCCGGCAAAUAUAAUUUAUAUUCAUUCUCACAAUAUGCCAAUUGUACCAUGGUACUUACUGUUGACAAAGCUGGAUAUACCGGUGCCGCCCACCCCACUGUUCGCCAAGUGCUUGUCCAAAGUACUGGCGUUAAAGAGCACGGUGUGGAGGCUAAGCUAGAUGCUAAGGUUGUGCCGGCUAAACAUGGUGAGAAUGGUGACACAAAAAUUUACCUUAGUUUGACCCUUGGUGAUAAAUUGGAUCAGCGUUAUGUUAUCACGUGGACCGAUACCACGACCAAACAAUGCGAUAUGAAAUAG